AAAUUAAUCUCUAAUUCACAGUCUUUUCCAUUUAAUGUCGGUGAACGUGUCAAGUUAAUAGAGCGUGAUGAACCUCUUGAAAUGAAGCGAGUGGAUUCUAUAUUUAAGGAGAGAAUAGAAAGGCACAAGGAAGAAUUGGCAGAGCUUGAUGAAGAAACAAAACUGAUCAGGCGUUCUUUACCGAAUGUAGUAAAAUCACAACCUGAUGGUGUAUCAGGUCACACAUACUAUGAACAAUACAACAUUUCUUCAGGUACAGUCAAAUUGGGAGACUUUGUGUAUGUUAAAGGAAGAGAACCUGCAAAAAAAUCAAUUCGCCAGAUCUGCCAGUUAUGGGUCACAGCUGAGGGAACAUGCUAUUUCUUGGGCACUAUUUACAAGAGUGCACAUCAUAGCAAUCCUAGCGGUGAACAUUUAUUCUACAAACAAGAAGUUUACCUCACUGCAGGAGUGGAGACUUUGCCUAUCUCAGACAUUUCUGGGCGUUGUGCUAUACUUGACUAUAAGGAAUACUGUUCUGCCAGGCCAACAGAGAUACGUGAGAGUGACAUAUACAUCUGUGACAACUUUUUGGAUGAGAUGAAUCAGCGCGUUAGUGCCCUGCAGAGUGGACUCCGCAAGUUCAAACUAUCUUCACUUGUAACUUCUGAUGAAGUGUAUUUCUUCAGGAAACCAGUUGUAAUUCAUAAGUAUGAUCCUACAGUGCCAUUGGUGAAGAAACAAUCGUUGAGUUAU